UGAGUGGGCAACAUCGGCACAGAGUAGACUAGAAACACCCACUUCUGGGUUUAUUUUUGAGUUGCGUUUUGGACCCAGUUUUGAUAGAGCAACUGUUAGACCUGAGGCACUGGCGUCCUUUUUCUGCGACUGUCGUUUCAUAACCUCGAGUGCCUGUAUUUCAAAGAUAAACGAUCUGUUUUUAUCGGUCAUCUGGACUUUACUCCGCGGCACGGUGGCCCAAUGUUCCUGUCCACAUGGAGAUGUACGGGAUGAUCCAACAAAUGUUGUAGAGCUACCUGAGCGGGAGACGAGCUGAUCGGUGUGAUGAAGGAUCGACUGGCUGAACUGACCGCUAGCACCACACAAACACAAGAGGAUGUUGCAGUCACAGUUAACCAAGAUGGAUUCAUGGAGAGCUUUUUCAGAAGGGUGGAAGAAGUUAGAGGACUCAUUGAUAAGAUCUCCUACCAAGUGGAAGAAGUGAGGAAGAUCCACAGCAUGAUCCUGUCAACACCCAACCCAGAUGACAGAACAAAGGACCAACUUGCUGCGCUGACCAACAAUAUCAGAGGGAACGCCAAUGUGGUGCGAACCAAGCUAAAAUCCAUGGAGCUGAGCAUGCCCAAAGAUGAUGCUGCUAACAGGGCCUCCGUUGACUUCAGGAUUCAGAAAACACAGCACACCGUGUUAACCAGGAAGUUUGUGGAGGUCAUGACCCAGUACAAUGAGACUCAAGUGUCCUUUAGGGAAAGAAGUAAAGGAAGAAUCCAGAGACAGCUGGAGAUAACUGGAAGAGUGACCACCAAUGAAGAACUAGAAGACAUGUUAGAAAGUGGAAAUCCAUCCAUCUUCACCUCUGAUAUCAUAUCUGACUCCCAAAUCACACGCCAAGCCUUAAACGAGAUAGAGUCGCGACACCAGGACAUCGUGCGUUUGGAGACGAGCAUCAGAGAGCUCCACACGAUGUUCAUGGACAUGGCAAUGCUGGUAGAAACUCAGGGGGAUAUGGUCAACAACAUUGAGAAGAACGUCUCUAAUGCAGCUGAAUACAUUUGUCGUGCAAAGGAAGCGACCAAAAAAGCAGUGAGAUACCAAAAGAAAUCCCGGAGGAAAUACAUUAUCCUUGCCUUUGCUCUGUUGAUCCUGCUUGCUGUUAUUGCACUAAUUGUUGGCCUGUCUGUCGGACUAACCAAACCCCCUGCAUGAGACCUGCUGUGAGAAACUCCUCUACCUUGCCACGUGUGGAGGUUUCAUACUUUUACUCGUCAUAAUAGUUGGAAUCUUCGAGUAAUGAAUUUCAUCGUGCACAGUCCCAAAGCAGUCAGAAGUUUUAUGAGCUUCAUAAUGAGACUGUCAGUCUCUCCAAGAGUGUUGCAGGAAGUAUCUCUUGAUCAGCAUUUCCCCCCCAUUGUUGUUAUUUUUUUUUAACAAUAACUCCUGAUAACAGGGCGACCAACAACUGAUGUUUGGAAUUGAUACACAUUUGCAGUUAAAAAUCUUUUACAUCAUUUCACCAUGUAUGAAAAUUAAAAGAAAAAAAAGUUUGGCCAAAUCUGGCAUAUUUACAUGAUGGACCUAAGUGUUCAUAUCAAUGAAUGAAUUUUCUUAAAUUAAAACAAUCAAAAACAAAACAAAGUCUAAACAGUAGAAAUAGAAGUGCCUUAAACCUGCAUUCCUUCUCAUGGCCAACAGGGGCUGACUCUGUUGGUUGCAGAAUUUGGCGGGACUAAUAUUCCUGGGUUCCUUUAGUCUAUGACCCCAGUAAACACUUUCCUGAUGGGUUUAUAUGGCUUCAGCUGCUAGUGCUGUCUUACAGCUCACAUCUGGUCUCAAAACACCAAGAUGGCAACAGUGAAAAAUGCUCAGCUUGAGACAGGGAUGCCUUUGUUAUCCCUGAGGGUAUUUUACAGCCAGCAAUUCCAAUGAAGUUGUUAUGAAAUCUAAAAAGUAACUAAAAGCAGAACGUAAUGAUUCACAAGUGCAAAAUCCCAAUAUUUUAUUCACAACAGAAUAUAGAAAACAUCAAAUGUUUAAACUGAGAAAAUGUACAAUUUUAAUGAACAAAAAGGGUCAUUUUGAAUUUGAUGGCAGCACUGGGUCUUCUUGGUCAUGUUCUUCAUUUCAUAGUGUGCCAAAUAUUUUCAGUUGGUGAAAGGUCUGGACUGCAGGCAGGUCAGUUCAGCACAGUAUGAAGUUUAGUAGCGUCUUGAUGAAAUGUGCAAGGCCUUCUCUAAAAAGGAUGUCUGGAUGGGAGCACAUGUUACUCUCAAACCUGUAUAUGCCUUUCAGCACUGAUGGUGUCUUUCCAGAUGUGAAAGCUGCCAACUCCAUAGGCACUGAUGCACCCCCAUACCAUCAGAGAUGCAGGCUUUUGAACUGAGUGCGGAUGGUCAUCGGCUGACCAGAGAGCAGUUUUCCAAUUUCCAAGUUUUCCAUUUUAAAUGAUCUUUGGCUCAGAGAAGACCACUGCGUGCCUGGAUCAUGUUCACACACGGCUUCUUCUUUGCAUGACGGAGCUUUAACCUGUAUUUGUGGAUGGCACUGUGAGCUGUGUUCACAGGCAGUGAUCUCUGGAAGUGUUCCUGAGCCCGUGCACUGAUUUCCAUGACAGAAUCAUGCCUGUUUUUAAUGCAUUGGCAUCUGAGGGCCUGAAGAUCACGAGGAUUUUCAGACUUGUCCCUUCUGCAGAGAUUUCUCCAGAUUCUCUGAAUCUUUUGAUAUUACAGUGGGUACGGAAAGUAUUCAGACCCCUUUAAAUUUGUCACUCUUUGUUUC